AUGCGUGUUUCUAGCAUCCUACCUUUCGUGCUGGCCGCCGUCCCGGCCGUCUCGGCCAGAGGCACUUUGGGUUUCUCUCUGGGUGACAAGAACCCCGAUGGAACUUGCAAGUCCACCAGCGACUAUGAGUCCGACUUCGAGAACCUGAAGGACCUGUCCACGCUGGUCCGUACCUACUCCGGCACCGAGUGCGACACUCCCCAAAACAUUCUCCCUGCCGCGAAGAACAAGGGCUUCAAGGUCGUUCUGGGUAUCUGGGUCGGAUCCCAGGACAAGAGCGAUAUGAGCACCAAUGAACCCUCGUUCACCAAGGACUUCGCCGCCCUGAAGAAGGCCAUCCCCGGCUACGAGAGCGUUGUCGAGGCCAUCACCGUCGGCUCCGAGACCCUCUACCGCGGGGAUCUGACCGGUCCUCAGCUCCACAACUACAUUAGCACCGUUGGCAAGCAGUUCCCCAGCAUCACUGUUGGUACUGCCGACUCCUGGAACAAGUUCGCCGACGGCACCGCCGACGACCUCUUCAUUACCGACACCGAUGACAACCCCAUGGUUACCUACGUCCUGGCCAACGCCUUCGCCUACUGGCAGGGCACUGUCGCCGACCAGGCCUACAAGACCUACUUCGAUGACAUGUCCGGCGCCAUGACCCACAUCCAGAAGGUUGCCGGUAACAACGCCGACAAGAUCCGUGUGAUCAACGGCGAGACUGGCUGGCCCACCGAUGGUGGCUCCGACUAUGAGGCCGCUAAGGCUGGCACCAAGAAUGCUGAGAAGUUCUGGAAGACCGGUGUGUGCGGAAUGCUGGCCUGGGGCGUCGAUCUCUUCUACUUCGAGGCCUACGAUGAGUCCUGGAAGCCCGACAGCACCGGCGACAACGGCAAGGCUAUGAACGAGAAGCACUGGGGUCUGUACACCGCCGACCGCAAGAGCAAGUUCGACACUUCCUGCCCGAAAUAA